ACCCCGUUGGGCUCAGAGAGUUGCUGCUCGUCUCCUGUCUUAUAUCAGUAUCUUAUUGUUCUGUUAGUUGUGCCACUGCAUUGUUUUAAAGGACAAGCGUGCAUGUGAAGUUGUUUUCAGGAAAGACUUGUUAACAUUUGGACUUUGGAUCCCUCUGGAUGUUGAGUGUGCGGGCUCUGUUUGGGAUCGGAUUCCUGGUGACCUCAAAGGCCGCCACAGUCCUCGCUCAGACAGGGACAUGUCCGCUGUCCACUGCCGCUAACAAUCACAAGAGGGACUGUUUCAGCAGCAGACCUGCAUCCACGAUGGCCCAGAGCAUCAAAUAUCUCGGGCAGGAGGAGGCCCAGCACAUCGAUGAGGAGCUCUUCAGUGAGUAUGGCUUCAGUGUGGACCAGCUGAUGGAGCUGGCUGGACUGAGCUGUGCCACAGCUGUCGCCAGGGCCUAUCCAGUUACCUCCCUGAUGAAGGCCAGACCUUCUCUGCUGGUCAUUUGUGGACCAGGAAACAACGGUGGCGAUGGCCUGGUCUGUGCCCGACACCUGAAACUCUUUGGUUACGAGCCCACCAUCCUCUACCCGAAGAGGCCCAACAAACCUCUGUUCCAGGGCCUGACCACACAGUGCCAGAAAAUGGAGAUCCCCUUCCUGACUGAGAUGCCUGAGGCUAAGCUGGUCGACGAGGCUUACAACCUGGUGGUAGACGCCAUCUUCGGCUUUAGCUUCAAGGGGGCCGUGCAAGAGCCUUUCGGUUCCAUCCUGGACGUGUUGAAGAAGACGACGGUCCCCAUAGCCAGCAUCGACAUCCCCUCAGGCUGGGAUGUGGAGCAGGGCAGUACAGAUGGACUGCAGCCCGACAUGCUCAUCUCUCUGACUGCUCCCAAGAAGUCGGCCUCCUUGUUUAGAGGACGAUACCACUUCCUGGGAGGCCGGUUUGUGCCUCCGGGCCUAGAGAGGAAGUACCAACUCAACCUGCCUCAGUACCCCGACACGGACUGUGUGUUACAGCUGUAGCGGCUGUAGGUUUGAGGACAGGUUUCUGUGUCGUCUUCAAAGGAAGAGUUCAACAUUUCUCAUCUGCCUUUUUUCCCAAAAGAUAGAUGAGAAGAUCAAUACCACUCUCUUGAUUUUAUGUCGUGGAUGUAUGAAGAGUUGCAGGUCUGUGUCUGACUGAGGGUGGGGUUAAGUCACACACACAUACAGAUCAGAGGCCAUAGUGGACAGGAUAAAGCAUGUAUUUCAGCUGCGUUAACACAAAAUCCAGCAAUGCGGCACCUUCGUGCUGGGUUGUGCAGAGGCUCGUGGAGGUGUGGGCGUGUUUAUUCGUGCUUCAGAAUGAAAGCGGUGUCAAACAAUGACAAAAUUACAUUUUAUUUCUCUGAUUCACUGCUUUGUUCUCACUAACGCCUGUCUUCGUUCACUCUCUAGCUCCCUUGACCACCGCUGCUCCCUCUCUUUCACUCUUUUUUUAGACCACCUUUGAAUGGUGUGUUUAAAAACAGCAACAGACAAUCGGUAGUAUGCCUUUAAAUGUGUUGAUCUGGUUGGGUCCUGUUGUGUGGAUGACGGUGGGUGUGAUCUUAACAUGUGCUGUUAAUCCCAAUAAGGUGUCAUAAUAGAGCUUUAUUAGCUCUGUGGAAGCGAUUUCUUCAUGUGAAAACACUAAGAUUUAAAGCAUGGCUGCUUCAGCUAUAUGAUAAUGAAUAAGUAAAUAAAAAUGAU